CUGAGCCAAUCGCGUCUCUCGUUGUUGCGAGGUCCUCCCACCAGUCUAGCUUGGAGCUCCCUCUGUUCAACAUGUCUUCAUCGGAGGCUAAUAAUGGCCCGAACCAAGCAGCACCUUACCCAGGUGUACCACCCUCAGGGAUGCCUCCCCCCUUUAUGGGACCACCAGGAAUCCCACCUCAUUUCCCUCCCAUGGGAAUGCCCCCGAUAGGGCAACGACCGCCCAGCAUGACCGCAAUGCCACCUGGCAUUAUGCCCCCCGGUAUACUGCCAUCAAUGUCAGCGCCUCCUAUGGGACAGAUGCAAGGUAUGAUGCCACCCAUGAUGGGGAUGAUGCUGCCUCCUCGCCUGCCAGCUGCGACCGUACAGCCGACCGGGCCGCCUGGUGUUGACACCCCAUCUGGACCUGGAACCACUAGUACGACAAAUGGAUCUCCACAGGACGAGCAGCCAAAGAAAUCCCUGUGGACUGAACACAAAUCACUGGAUGGAAAAACCUAUUACUACAACACGGAGACCAAGCAGUCCACCUGGGAAAAACCAGAGGAUCUCAAGUCUCCCGCAGAACAAUUGCUGUCUAAAUGUCCUUGGAAAGAGUACAAGUCAGACACAGGGAAGCCGUACUACUACAACUCUCAGACAAAGGAAUCCAGAUGGACGAAGCCCAAAGAGCUGGAGGAUCUGGAAGCCAUGAUCAAAGCUGAGGAGAAUGGAACAACAGAAGUAGUAGCUCCGAGCAUCGCCGCCGAGCCCGUGCUACAAAUAGAAAGCACGCAAGUGUCCGUGGCCCCCGUUGCCGAGGCAGAGCCGGUUGAAGCGGUCCCCGAGGUUCAAACAUUCCAGGCGGCCCUGCAACAGACAGCUGAGGUCAAGACUGCAGAUGCACCUGUGGUUUUGUCAGAGAGCAGCGUCCCUGCAGAGGCCCUGGCCAGUGUUGAAGUCAAGAAGGAAGAACCACGUCCAGAAAUUCAGAAGAAAGUUUUCAAAUGGAACACGAAGGAGGAGGCCAAGCAGGCCUUCAAGGAGCUCCUGAAGGAGAAGGGCGUGUCCUCCAACUCUUCAUGGGAACAGGCUAUGAAAUUGAUUAUCAAUGACCCCCGCUAUAGUGCUCUCCCCAAACUGAGCGAGAAGAAGCAGGCAUUUAAUGCUUACAAGGUCCAAACGGAGAAGGAAGAGAAAGAGGAGGCAAGAAUUAAAUAUAAGGAGUCCAAAGAAACCUUCCAGAGGUUCCUGGAGAACCAUGACAAGAUGACAUCCACCACCAGAUACAAGAAAGCAGAGCAGAUGUUCAACGACCAGGAGGUCUGGAGCUGUGUUCCGGAGAGAGACAGACAGGAGAUCUAUGAAGAUGUCUUGUUCUACCUGGCUAAAAAGGAGAAGGAACAAGCCAAGCAGCUGAGAAAGAGGAAUUGGGAAGCCUUGAAGAACAUUCUGGACAACAUGGCCAACGUCACGUACCGCACCACCUGGUCCGAAGCCCAGCAGUACCUGCUCGACAAUCCCACAUUUGCUGAGGAUGAGGAGCUGCAGAACAUGGACAAAGAGGACGCGCUCAUUUGCUUUGAGGAGCACAUCCGUGCCCUGGAGAAGGAGGAAGAGGAGGACAAGCAGAAGACGCUCCUUCGGGAGAGGAGGCGACAGCGCAAGAACAGAGAGUCCUUCCAGAAAUUUCUAGAUGAGCUCCAUGACCACGGCCAGCUGCAUUCCAUGUCGGCCUGGAUGGAGAUGUACCCCACCUUGAGCUCUGACAUCCGUUUUGCCAACAUGCUGGGCCAGCCUGGUAAGAUCCACGUGGAUAGCAGCACCAUAACCCAACAUCUUAAGCGGGGCUCCACUCCUCUGGACCUUUUCAAAUUCUACGUGGAAGACCUGAAGGCGCGUUACCACGAUGAGAAGAGGAUUAUCAAAGACAUCCUGAAGGACAAGAGCUUCCUGGUUGAAGUCAAUACCAGCUUUGAUGAUUUUGGAUCGGUCAUCAGCUCAGACAAAAGAGCCACCACACUCGAUGCAGGAAACAUCAAGUUGGCCUUCAACAGCCUGCUGGAGAAAGCUGAAGCGAGGGAGCGUGAGCGUGAGAAAGAGGAGGCGAGGAAGAUGAAGAGAAAAGAGGCGGCCUUUAAGACCAUGCUGAAGCAGGCCACGCCGUCCCUGGAGCCAGAGGACGCGUGGGAGGCCGUGAGGGAACGGUUCCUAAAGGAAGCGGCCUUUGAAGACAUCACGCUGGAGUCGGAAAGGAAGCGGAUCUUCAAAGACUUCAUGCACAUCUUGGAGCACGAGUGCCAGCAUCACCACUCCAAGACCAAGAAGCACUCCAAGAAGUCCAAGAAGCACCACAGGAAGCGGUCUCGCUCCCGAUCGGGCUCCGAGUCUGAAGAAGAGGAAUACCACAAGAAGAAGAAGCGCUCUGCAUCCAAAACCCCGUCGGAGCGCUCCUCCAGUGCCGAGUCAGAGAGAAGCUACAAAAAGUCCAAGAAGCACAAGAAGAAGGGCAAGAAGAGACGACACAAGUCUGGCUCGCCCGACUCGGAUGUCGCCGACAAGAAGGGAAAAGACGCCAAGAGGGACAAAGACAACGACAAAGACGGCGACAAGGCCCGAGCCAAGUCUCACUCGGACGCCAAACACAAGUCCCCCAAACGCAAAGCCAACAAAGAGGAGGGUGGCUGGGACACGUCAGGAAGUGAACUGAGCGAAGGUGAACUGGAGAAAAGAAGAAGAACUUUACUGGAGCAGCUGGAUGCACCUUGAUCACCUGUCUCGUCCCACAAGCAUGCAUUCCCUCCAAAGUCGACAGCGCCCCCUUUCAGGUCUCCACGAGGAUCUUCAACACUGAACUAAUUUUUUAUCAGGCGCUUUAUCUUGUCCACUUGGGUUUGUGGCAACAUUUUGUUUUUCUUAGCUUUGUUUUACUAAUUGUUGAUGUACAACUUUUCCAUCACCAACGUUCAAUUGACAGCGUAUCAGAUCACCACGAAUGCAAAAAAUGCUUCCAACGGAACUUUCAAAGGAAACUCACUUGAUUCAAUGUGACUGCAGCGCGCAAGCUUUUAAUUAUACACAAUUUCUUCAGUUCGGAUUGUAACUUCAUGUAAUAAAAGACUUCUC